CCAUUGGCGGGCGCUGACGCGGCGCUCCGGGCGCUGAUUGGCUGCGCGGAGGCCCCGCCCCGCCCGGCGCGUUACGCAGCGCGGCGGUUGCGGCGGGGACGCGCUCGGGGCCAGGAGGUGCCGCAGGCCCGGGUGUGCGACCGCAGCAUGUCGGAAGGCGAGUCCAAGCAGGUGCCGAGCAGCGGCUCGGACCCCAAGCCGGAGCCCGCGUCGUCUGGCCCGGGGAUGACCUCGGUGUCUGCGCCGGUGACUUCCGCGGCGCCCCCGGAGGAGGAGGAGGAGGAGGAGAGCGAGGACGAGUCCGAGAUCCUGGAAGAGUCGCCGUGCGGCCGCUGGCAGAAGCGGCGCGAGGAGGUGAACCAGCGUAACGUCCCGGGGAUCGACAGUGCCUACCUGGCCAUGGAUACGGAGGAGGGUGUGGAAGUUGUGUGGAAUGAAGUUCAGUUUUCUGAGCGGAAGAACUUUAAGCUUCAGGAAGAAAAAGUUAAAGCGGUGUUUGACAACUUAAUUCAGCUGGAUCAUCUGAACAUUGUGAAGUUCCACAAAUACUGGGCUGAUGUGAAGGAGAACAAGGCCAGGGUGAUCUUCAUCACUGAGUACAUGUCUUCAGGGAGUUUGAAACAGUUCCUGAAGAAGACAAAGAAAAACCACAAAACUAUGAAUGAAAAGGCCUGGAAGCGAUGGUGUACCCAGAUCCUCUCUGCUCUCAGCUACCUCCACUCCUGUGAUCCCCCCAUCAUCCACGGGAACCUGACCUGCGACACCAUCUUCAUCCAGCACAACGGACUGAUCAAGAUCGGGUCAGUCUUUCAUAGGAUAUUUGCUAAUGUGGCACCGGACACGAUUAACAACCACGUGAAGACCUGUCGUGAGGAGCAGAAGAACCUGCACUUCUUUGCCCCGGAAUACGGAGAAGUUGCCAACGUCACCACUGCUGUGGACAUCUACUCCUUUGGGAUGUGUGCACUGGAGAUGGCGGUGCUGGAGAUCCAGGGGAAUGGGGAGUCAUCGUAUGUGCCGCAGGAGGCCAUCAACAGUGCCAUCCAGCUGCUGGAGGACCCCCUGCAGCGGGAGUUCAUUCAGAAGUGUCUAGAACAGGACCCUGGCAGGCGCCCCACGGCCCGAGAGCUCCUGUUCCACCCCGCGCUGUUCGAGGUGCCGUCGCUGAAGCUGCUGGCUGCUCACUGCAUCAUCGGGCACCAGCAUAUGAUUCCUGAAAAUGCUUUAGAAGAAAUGACCAAAAACCUCGACAUGAACGCGGUAUUGGCAGAGAUCAAUCAUGAGGACAGGGAAGGAGUCAAGAUGAUCUUCUCACAGUCUCCGGCGUUGGAGCUGGACAAGUUCCUGGAGGAUGUGAGGAACGGGAUCUACCCCCUCACAGCUUUUGGGAUGCCGCGGCCCCAGCAGCCUCAGCAGGUCGUGGUGAAAUCUCCCAUUGCUCCCCCGUCCGUGAAAACCCCAACUCCAGAGCCCGCUGAGGUGGAGACACGCAAGGUGGUGCUGAUGCAGUGCAACAUCGAGUCCGUGGAGGAGGGGGUGAAGCACCACCUGACACUGCUGCUGAAACUGGAAGACAAGUUGAAUCGACACUUGAGCUGUGACCUGCAGCCCAAUGACAACAUCCAGGAGCUGGCAGCUGAACUGGUCCAGCUUGGAUUCAUCAGCGAGGCUGACCAGAGCAGACUCACCUGUUUACUUGAAGAGGCGUUUAGCAAGUUCUACUACACUCGGAAUGGAUCCCUGACGGCAGUGACUGUGUCAUCUUAGCCCCACGGCUCCCGGGCGGCCAGCGCGGCCUCGCUGCCUGCGACCCCUCUGUGUCUGCCCACCGCUGUCGGGCAUCGCAAGACCCCAGCUGCAGUGCUUGGAAGCUCAUCCUGCAUGUGCCGUGGCUGGGCUCAGUGACAGUCCUCCCUGCCCGCCUCUAAAGGGGACUUUGCGCAUCAGUAUUAUUUCCAGCCCUGUUUUUGUUGGGAUUUUGCCCAGGUCGUGCUGCAGAGCUGAGGCCUGGCUCGGGGUGUUCUGCAGCCCCACUCAUGUGCAUGGAGUUUGUUCUGUUUGAAUUGUACAAAGUGUCUUUUGCACAGCACCGAAAUUUUUUUUUUUGGUUGUUUUUUUUUUUCCUUUUUCUUUUUCUUUUUUUUUCCUUGUUUUAAUUUAAAGGUAAGCAGGGGUGAGCCCCUAUGCCCCGCCCCCAUCUGCACCCCCCGUCACUCCCCCGUUCCCGGGCCGCGGGGCCCGGGGGUGGCCGGGCUCCCCACCCUGCCCGGCGCUUCGCUCCCGCCCCCGGCUGCACUUUGUUUACUGGUUCGCACCCGCCCGGGGCCGCGGCGUGAGCCGGCCCCGGGCUGUGGCCCCGCGGCCCCGGCAGCCCCCCGCCCUCCCUGCGGGCCCCGCGGGCUCCCGGGGCUGCAGCGGCCCCGUCGCCCCGUCCCGGCGCGUGGCGGGGCUGAGCCGCGGCUCCUGCAUCUCAUUUCUAUCAUUUCCUAUUUUUAAUAAACUGUUUUGUAAAUA